AACAUGCCAUCAUUAUGCAUACAGUAAAAAUAGUUUUGCCUAACGACGGUUUUAGAGCAAUGCAAUGACAAGCUAUUGGACAGCUAUAGACCUUAAUGUGAAUGAUUCAUCCAUGUAUGUGUUUCACGUUCUACUAUUUUUUUUAGACCUCAGAAAGUGUAAUCAAAAUGUCUUAACUCCAUCUAAAAAGACAGGCUUCUAUCUGGUGAUGUGUGCCAGUCCAGCCAUUUAGUACACUUUUCCCCUUUCUUAUAUUCAACUGCAAAGCUUGCAUUCAGAUCUGCCCUGUCCUGCUUUUUUUUUAUUUUAGUAACCCAUUUCAUUUGGGUGUAUGUCACAAUAUGGAAGAAUUGAUCUGUCACUACUUCCAUUUCAUUGCAACUUUUGUUGCAUACUUUUGGUCAUGUAAUUUACCAGUUUAUUACCUUAUACUUAAUUGCUAUAUUGCAUUUGUUUAUUUGACAUUAUUUCAGUCCAAAGUAGUAGUGUUACCUGUACUCAGUCUUAAAGCAUCUUUAUUCCAGUUUAUUUACAGGGUCACACCAUUAAUACCAGUCCUUAACCUUACAGGUGGUCAAAUGUUCAGUUGAGCAGUGAUUGUGUAAGAUUCACAUUAGUAUGCCUCCACUGAGAAUUGUAUAUUGGGUUCAGAUUAUUUUGGUUUAUGGAUAUCUAGCAAAUCCCAUUUUCCUUGUUUCCUCUUUUUCCAGCACAUGUAUAUUUGGUUUGCACUCUUGGUUAACUCCAGUUCUUUCAGUUACUUCUUGAUUAGCUGCUCUACAGGAUUACUAAACAAGAUUAGAAGGGGGAAAAAAAAGGAAAAUCCCUUCCAUCUGCCUACCUGCCAGAGGAUCGCCACAGUUAUACACCUGCGCUCAUCUUUGACAAUCUGGAUAGCACUUUAUAACUACAAUAUACUAUCAUAACUAUCAGUGGAUACAGUGUAACAGGUAUGCAUAGGUGUGGGAAGGUUUGGUCACAUCGUCCGAAGUGAAGCGGCGACUAUCACACAACAGCUUAAUUUUCAAGUCACUAUGUGGAAGCUCAUAUGGACCUGUAUCCUGUGUUGGUUAGGCUGCAUUUUUGCAAUAAGCCAGCUGGAUAUUUCUGCAGGAGAAGUUGACCAUAUUACAAUGUUUGAAAAUCCAGAUAAGGGCUCAAAAAGAUUGUUUCAAUGGUUUGUGGAAAAGCCUGCAGACCAUGGACUCUUGCCAAGACAUAAGCGUAAUGUUUUUCUGUCAAGUGGAUUACGCCUCUGCAGUCAAGAAACAGUGCAGCAAGCCGUCAGUAACCACCUGAAAUACUACCAGCUUAGAGCAUGUCAGGAAAUUGUGUGGGAGGCUUUCAAAAUCUUUUUGGAUCGCCUCCCCAGUCAGGAGGAAUACAAGAGCUGGAUGAGCCAGUGCCAGACAGAAAGACUCUCUAUACAGGAGAUUGGCGCUGCCUUUAGCCAAUCAGAAGAACACUUAGCACUUAUCCACAGAGUAUGUAGCAUAAGACCUGUAUCAUUAACGUGGUACUAAUUAUGUUGGCUGAUACUUUUGGUAUGGAUAGAAUAUCACUGGUGACUGGUGCAUGUGCAUAUCUGACAUCUGUCUUUUGAAUCUUUAUGGUCCAUUACAGAGAUUUGCGCAGAUGGGGCUGAAAAGGUGCAAUAACAUUUUAAAAACCCGUUUUCACCCCCCUAUCCCCCCCGCCCAACCUUUUACAAAUACCCCCUUCCCCUCAGCCGUUUAUUUUUUUUGUAAUAGUCUUACUGAGUCUGUUUUCGUCUUCCUCUUUUUUCUCAGUAAAACACCUACAUACUCAGUAUGCAGGUAUACACCCUUUAUACCUGUUUUUUUUUUCAUUAAAUGUACUAUGCAUUAGAGAACUUGUGUGUGUAGCUGAAUAGUUAACUCAUACAUUUGAAGGUUUUUGUAUCAUUUAUGACUGCCCUUUUUCAUUUUCACUUUUUUAUGCAGACCUGAGGAGUCUUCCCAAGAGCAAGACAAUGUGCCACCAGGUGAUGCGCUUGCAGCAGAGACCACUGUGGUGGUGACCACGGCGCUUCCACAUGAGGUUGUCUCAGAGACUGUGAAGGAAGUUACUGCAGAAGCACCAUCUGCUGUCAUGACAACGGAAAUGGAUACUGAGAUCACUAAUGAGAUUGAGCAGGAAGCAGUUGCUUUGCCUUCACGUCCUCUGGUUGAGCAGAGGGUGGAGCUGGCUAUGUUAUUGACUGGAGAACCAUGGAGUGAAGAGCUGUUCAACUCCACCAGCAGUGAGCAUGGCAGACUCACUCACAAGAUCACAACGAAGAUUUCAGCUGCAUUGAAGAAACUGACAGAAUUCAAGAGUGUAUCAGUAUUGAAUAUCAGGCCACAGAUGGAUCCCUCAAGUGGUGAUAAGGCAGUAUUGGUGGAAUAUGCUGUGUCCCUCCAGACCAGCAGUGAAGAGAUCAGCAGGGAGACACUGGACUUCAUCAAUCUUCAAUCCAACAUGGUAGAGGGCACCUUUAGUUACUCAGAAGGGCCCACUGUUCAGUACACCAUUGUUGACAUCCAUCCUGACAUCACUGAGGCUCUGCAUGUGGAAACCUCUACAGAGGAAACCCAUCCUGCAGAAGAAUCUCUAGACCCUGACCACAAGGAUGAUAUUUUAGCAGUAGAAAAACCAUCUGAGCUGCCUGGAGAGGUGAUGAAGGAGGUCUUUACUAUUGGUGACCUUUUGGAUUCUACAAUGCCAGAAGAAGAAGACCUUCAAGAAAAGGACUUGGUGUCACAGUUUCUUCCCAACCAGACUCUUGCUGUGGAUAGUGAAGCUGUAGGUCCCAUUAUUGAUGCCAAGCAAGACAGUGGCUUGACAAUUGAUGAUUUUAAUCCCGCCUCUGGAUCUGGUGCAGAAGACGAUCAGGUAACUGUACUUACUAGGGCUCAAGAGCCAGUUGGAGAGACAGAAGGUGAGGAAGAGGUUUUGAUUGGUGUAGACACACCACAGAUCGAGGACUAUGAAUUCUCCACAAUUACAACAGUUGUUGAAGAGGACCAGAUCUUGCCUGAGGAAACUCCUGAACUGAUUACUGUUAAAGCUGGAGAAGAUGGAAAUUUACAGGUUGGUAGCGAAGUGCCCACAAUGCCCCCAGUCAAAGUGGCAGAAUCAGAAUCUAUCCUAAAACCUGAUGAAGACAUUAUACUGCCUGCAGAAGAAGAGAGGACAGAUGAAGACAUUGAGAGAGAAACUGUUUUAACAGAAAUGCGAGGGGAUGAGAAAACUGAAGUUGCUGUGAUCAUAAAGGAAGAAUCAGAGGAGUUUGAAGAAGAACAGGAAGAAUCUGUUGACAGUACCACAAUGACACAGCAAGAUGAUUUUGUAAUAACGGAUGCUUCAGCAAUACAGUUUUCAGAGGAAGUUCUAACAGAGGAUGAGAUCCUAUUGGUCACCACUGAACCAGCAAGCCCAGUCUACUCAACUCCUUUUUCAACUGAGAAAGAAUCACCCUUCUCCCUCAUCACCACUGUUACCCCAGCGGAGGUGGAGUUGGUGCAUACCUUAAAUUCAAAAGUCAUGACUACAUCUCUAAAUGUGAUUCAUUACAAAGAGGAAGAGGGUAGUGGCAUCUCUGGUGUCAUCCAGGGUGAUGAAGUUUCCAGCAUAGCCUUGCCAACUAACCCUGGGCGUCUUAUAGUGUUUUUCAGUCUUCGCGUAACUAACAUGAUAUUCUCUGAGGAUCUGUUUAAUAGGAGCUCUGCAGAGUACAAAGCCUUGGAGCAACGGUUCCUUGAACUGCUGGUGCCAUAUCUGCAGUCAAACCUCAGUCACUUCGAAAACCUGGAGAUCUUGAACUUCAGGAAUGGAAGUAUUGUGGUGAACAGCCGUAUGAAGUUUUGGAAGCCUGUUCCUCGUGGAGUCAGUACUGCUGUUUACCUCAUUCUAGAGGAUUUCUGCAACACGGCUUACCAGACCAUGAACCUCGCCAUUGACAAAUAUUCGUUGGAUGUCGAAUCAGGGGAACAGGCAGACCCGUGCAAGUUUCAAGCAUGUAAUGAGUUUGCUGAAUGUACAGUGAACCAAUGGUCAGGUGAAGCUGAAUGUGUGUGUAAUGCUGGUUACUUCAGCAUGGACGGACUACCUUGCCAAAGCAUCUGCGACCUUCAACAUGACUUCUGCUUGAAUGAUGGGAAAUGUGAUGUCAUUCCAGGCCAAGGAGCCAUCUGCAGAUGCCGUGUUGGGGAAAACUGGUGGUACAGAGGAGAACAUUGUGAAGAAUAUGUUUCUGAGCCACUCGUAGUUGGCAUUGCCAUAGCAUCUGUUGCGGGGUUCCUUCUGGUGGCGUCAGGAGUAAUUUUCUUCCUAGCAAGAACUCUGAGAGACCAAUAUGACAAGGAUGAGACGGAGGACCCAGUACGGAGAGAAGACAGUCCACCAUUUCUAGACAUGGCCACUAAGUAUAACCCCAUGUUUGAGAGCGAUUUAACUACAGGCUACAGCCAUUACUACCAGCGGUACCCGCCUCCAGUCCACAGCAGCACCAGUGCAGAGGCAUCCACAGAGUUCAGCAGCGAAGAGAUACGGCAUAUUUAUGAAAACAGUGAACUCACUAAGGAGGAUAUUCAAGAUCGCAUCCGCAUCCUUGAACUCUACGCAAGAGAUCGUCAGUUUGCUGAUUUUUUGAAGCAGCAUCAAAUAGCAAUGGAUAAUCAAAGAGAAAGUUCCUCCAAUAGUCAAUAGCUGUCCAGUGUCCAAUAGCCUGCUGAGUGCAAAACAAUGAAGAAACUUGCGUUAUCUUUCGGGAAAUGGCAUCUUAGUGAUUCCAGAGCAAUUUCUCUUCAGCCUCUUUGAGACUUUGCCAAAGCAAAUUAAAAUGGCUACCUAUGGAUACUUCUUAAAAUAAGAUUCAAGAAAGAAAAGGCUAUUUUUUGUUCCUUUUUCUUUCUUUCUUUUUUUUUUUUUUUUUUUUUGGUUAAAGACAAUUUUCUGUCAUAGAACGGGAUCUUGGUCACAGACAAUAUCCUUGUCAUUGAUUGAAAUGUUUUGUUUGUGCCUUCUAAUUUUAUCUGUGGCCCGUUUCUCAGACAAUCAAUCUUUGGUGUUCAAAAAAAGAUCCCUGAUGCAUUAAACCUGAAAGUUACUUGAAUCACAGACCAUUAAUCUUGUAUUACCCUCUUAAUACAUUACCUUUUAUGGUUUCACUGCUUGUCAGAGAUUUCAAGCUCUUCUGUAUUAAGACAAAUCAGACUGCUAAUUUGAUUUAUUUUUAAGACAAGUAAGCUCACAUUUGGUGGCCAUCUUGGAAUCCUUCCAUCAGUGAUUGUUGCAAUAAUGGUCAUUUGUAUGUAUUUUUUACAUUAUUUACUGUAUUUAAAAUUGUAUCAGUUAAAGGGUAUAGUUCACUUACAGUAAAAACUGAAAAUACUGUCAUCAUUUACCUACGUCAUUAAGUGAGGAAAUGAUUUGGCAGAAUUUUCAAAUUUGUGUAAAUGAUGCCUUUGAGUUUUUUUGUGAGAAAUAAAACUUUGUUAUACAGGA